UUCAUCAUGAACAAGCUCAAGAAAACUAAGGUUGCACAAGGCGGCUUGAGAAACAUUUCGUCCUUCUUUAGUCCUCCAAAAAAGGAUGUGGCAACUAAACCCUCAAAAGCUUUUGCCAAGACUGAAGUGACUACAAUUAAACCUUUGCUAAAAUCACCAACUAAAAGGAAAAAUCUUCUUUUGGAGAACCGCCCUCCAUCUUCACCUGAUUUUCUUAUUUCUAUUCCUGAGACCCCAACAAGUCAAGACAAAAAUGAGCCAAGUCCAAGAAGAGAAUUGGUUAGUUUAGAAAAUAUUGGCCCAAUGUCUCCUCUCUGUCGUAGCCCUAAAUUCAAACACUUCCCUGCUGCAAAGGAAAAGAUGGAAAGUGGAGAGAGAAGAGGAAAUGUAUCAAUGAAAAGACUAUUUAGCCCUCCUGAAGAUUCACAACAAGCAAAGAGAACAAAAAUUGCAUUAAAUCAUGAAGACUCAAACUCGGUGAAUGUGAUUUUAAAGUCUAAGAACACCACAAAUAAACCAGAAGUUGCUGAAGUUGCUGAACAGUCAGAUCAUGGCAACAAAGACGGAUGCUAUACAGUUAUAACAGAUUUAACAGAUAGGGAAGUCAAGGAUGGUACGAAAGAAUCCAAUGGAGAGAAACCAGCAAACCAGCCACCAACAACAUCAGCAGAACUGGAUCCAAAUUUACUGGAAAACAUGCUGGAUGAUGACUGGUUUAGUGAGGAGAUGGAGGAAAGUGAAAAUAAACCCAAAAAACUGAGGAAAGUUCCAGACCAUGUCAUCCUCUCAGCUGGCCCAAAUAACCGUUAUUGGGUUUUAGAUAUUGAAGAAAGACCUGGUUUAAAGACAUUGACAAUCUCAAGCCAUAAAUCACUACAAGCAACCGAGACGUGUCUGCUGAAAGAUGGGUGGGAGAUGUCACCUGUUUUGUGUGGUGAUGUGAUACACCUUGAGGGUUGCUGUCAAAAUGGAUCUUGGAUAGUGGACCGGGAGCAAGGGUUUUUGGUGUUGUACCCAGACACUCUGAUCUCAGGAACAAGUAUCGCAAGUGGCAUUAGAUGCAUGAGAAGGGCAGUGCUAGGUGACAUGUUCAAAACAUUUGAUGGUGGUUCUAAGCAGAUGUUGAAUGGCACUAUGGUCCAUGAAAUCUUUCAAAAAGCAGCCAUGGCCAAAGACUUUUCCUCAGAGACCCUUUAUAAACUGGGAGAUCAGGCCCUGCACAGUCCUCGGUAUUUGGCUGACAUGUACAGUUUGGGGGUAACACUAGAAGAGAUGAAGCAGGAACUACUUGAUUACUUGCCUUCACUUGAGCUGUGGGCAAGAGAUUACCUCGAUGCGCACAAACCAAAAAUCACAAACCUCAAAAUCCCCCACAAUGGCAGAGCACAGGAUACAGCUGUCACCAUCACUGAACUAUCAGACAUAGAGGAUAAUGUGUGGUCACCAAGAUUUGGCUUAAAGGGAAAAAUUGAUUUGACAGCACAAGUAUCUAUCCAAAGACCACGAAACACAAAUUACCGAAUGUCAGACAUUAAAACUGUUCCCCUUGAACUCAAAACUGGCAAAGAGUCUAACUCCAUAGAGCACCGCAGUCAGGUGAUUCUUUACACUUUGAUGAGCUCUGAGAGAUACAAUACUGAAACUGGAUUCCUACUUUACCUAAAAACUGGUAACUUGCAUCCUGUUGUAGCUGGGCACAUGGACCGGAGAGAGCUGGUGAAGCUAAGAAAUACAUUGGUUCAUCACAUUAACAACACUCUUGAGAAGAAGGAUGAUAAAAGUCAUUUGUGUAGACUUCCUGAUAUUGUAUCAAACAGACAAACCUGUCAGUACUGUCCUCAGAGGAGAAACUGUGCUUUGUAUGAGAGAGCCCUAGGCGGUAAUUCUGAGCAUUUACCAGAAGGCGUAAUUCGUGACUUUUUGGAUCAAGAGACAAGUCACAUAACUGUCCCACACUUGAGAUAUUUUUCUCACUGGCUCCUGCUCUGUUGUCUCGAGGCUAAAACAAUGGAGUCUAAAAAUGGACGCAAAAAUGUAUGGCUGCUCUCACCCGAAGAAGGUGAAAAGAACGGCAGCUGUAUUGCUAACCUGCAGCUCGGUGGUGCAGUGGUGACUCAGUCUGAUGGGGUUUACCUGCACCGCUUCAGGAGGAGUAGUGCGAACUCUCAGGGGUCAGGGGGUGGUCUGGCUUCUGGAGAUCGCAUAGUUCUUAGCGACCAGGAGGGACGCUUUAUUGGGUUAGCAACAGGCUACGUGUGUGAGGUCAGCAGUGCAUUUGUCAGCUGUACUCUGGACAGGGAUGUGUCAAAGUUCAGGAGUGUUUGGUUUCGAAUGGACAGUGAUGAAGGAGUGGUGGGUUUGAGCUCUCACCUCACAAAUCUGUCCAGGCUCAUGGAGAAUGCUCCUGAGAGUGAUCGUUUGAGAGAACUAAUUAUUGACUUUCGGGCCCCCGAGUUCAUCUCUAACCUGAGCUCAGUUCUGCCAAGAGAGGCCAAAGACACAGUGGCCAAUAUUCUCAAAGGUCUCAACAAACCUCAAAAACAGGCAAUGAAGAAGGUUCUUCUAUCUAAAGAUUACACUUUAAUUGUUGGGAUGCCGGGCACAGGCAAAACCACCACCAUUUGCACUUUGGUUCGCAUACUACAUGCGUGUGGGUUCAGUGUUCUGUUGACCAGCUACACCCACUCGGCUGUUGACAACAUCCUCCUGAAACUUAAGCGUUUUCAGAUUGGGUUUCUACGUCUGGGCCAGGGGCAAAAGAUUCAUCCAGACAUUCUACCGUACACUGAAGAAAAUGCUCGAAAGAAGAGACUUCAAACGCUGUCAGACUUGGAGGAACUUUACAAUAAGGAGCUGGUUGUGGCAACAACAUGUAUGGGGAUAAAGCACUCGAUCUUUUCCCGGCGCAAAUUUGACUUCUGCAUAGUAGAUGAAGCGUCACAAAUCAGCCAGCCAAUCUGCCUCGGGCCACUGUUCUGUGCAAAAAGAUUUGUCCUUGUGGGUGAUCAUCAACAACUGCCGCCAAUAGUGCAAAACCAUGAAGCCAGGUCUUUAGGUAUGGAUGAAAGUCUUUUCAAACGAUUAGAGCGCAACAGUGAAGCAGUGGUCCAACUAAAUGUACAAUACAGAAUGAACAGGCAAAUUAUGGCUCUCAGUAAUUCGCUGAUGUAUGAAGGCCGUCUGGAGUGUGGCUCGGAGCGUACAGCCUGUGCCCAGGUCACACUGCCCUUCCUGCUCUCCGUCCAAUCAGAGCUCAGUUGCCACUCGAAGAGCCACCCGCAACAUGACCUGACAUGGAUCCAAGACGCACUACUACCGGACAACGCUGUUUGCUUCCUGGAUUGUUCAAUGGUGCCGGCUUUGGAGUCAGUGGAGCAGGGAGGUGUAAGCAAUCAAACUGAGGCAGAAGUUGUGCAUUUACUGCUGUCACUACUGAUACAGGCUGGAUGUAAACCAAGUGACAUAGGCGUUAUUGCCCCAUAUCGGCAGCAGUUGAAAUCAAUCUCUGCUCUGCUUCAGUCCUCGGCUUUUAUCGGAGUUGAAGUCAAUACAGUGGACAAGUACCAAGGACGAGACAAGAGUGUAAUUGUGCUCUCUUUUGUGAGGAGCACUACAGAGGAGGGAAAUUUGGGAGAACUGCUGAAGGACUGGCGUCGUUUAAAUGUCGCCAUCACGAGAGCCAAACAUAAAUUGCUGAUGGUGGGCUCAGCCUCUACACUGCGAAGGUACAAGCCUGUCGAGAAACUGCUCGGACAUCUCCAGCAAGAGAACAUGAUGAUUAAGCUCCCUCCUGCUGCCCACAAGACUCUCCCCAGAUUUCAACUGUGAACAGUUAUGACACUGCAAUGACCUUCAACAUGGCAGUUACUGUGAAUAAGUUAUUUGGAAGGUGCUUAAUUGCCAUUUUUACAGAGGUAAUUGGUUGAUGACUUGACUUUUUUUCACUUAUAAUUUCAUUAGCUCUCAUUUCUGUGAUUUUGUACAUUUUAACAGCAAAACCUCUUAAUUUUACAUAAAAGUUGUAGCAUCUUUGUACACAGAACGUGCACACACAGUAAUCAAGGGCCAUGUGUUGUUUCAUGACAUAGUUGAACCAAUAAGACUGGUGAGGUUAAUGCCCAUUCAUGUAUUUUUU